AGUGUUAACUCCUCCCAGCCCACCCCACCAGCCAAUCAGAAUGGAGGUGAACAGUACGGCCACCAUCUUGUCCUCUGCCUUCCUGGCCGUGGAAUAUGUUGAUGCAGUUUUACCUGACAACCCUCUUCAGCCUUCACUACAAUACGCCUGGAGGUAUGUGAAUGAGAACUACACUAAAUUCCAGAUCGCCACCUGGGGUUCUCUCAUCGUCCAUGAGGCCAUCUACUUCCUGUUUUGUCUACCUGGUUUCCUGUUUCAGUUCCUUCCCUUCAUGCAGAAGUACAAGAUCCAACAGGACAAGCCAGAGACGUGGGAGAAACAGUGGAGGUGUUUCAAGAUGCUGCUGUUCAACCACUUCUGUAUCCAGCUGCCCAUGAUCUGUGGAACGUACCACUUCACUGAGUUCUUCAGCAUCCCCUACGACUGGGACAGCAUGCCACGAUGGCCCUACCUGUUAGCUCAGUGUCUAGGCUGUGCUGUGAUAGAGGACACCUGGCACUAUUUCCUCCAUCGCCUGCUACAUCACCGCAGUAUCUACAAGCACAUCCACAAAGUGCACCACGAGUUCACUGCUCCAUUUGGCAUGCAGGCAGAGUACGCCCACCCAGCUGAGACAGUGAUCCUUGGGUCUGGGUUCUUCAUCGGCAUCAUGGUGUUCUGUAACCACGUGACGUUGCUAUGGGCCUGGGUCGCCUUCCGCCUGCUGGAGACCAUCGACGUACACAGUGGGUAUGACAUCCCUCUCAACCCUCUCCACCUGAUCCCGUUCUAUGCCGGAGCUCGUUUCCAUGACUUCCACCAUAUGAACUUCGUAGGGAACUACGCCUCCACCUUUACCUGGUGGGACAAGAUACUGCACACUGACUCCCAAUACAACAGACACAUAAUGAGCAAGAAAAACCAGUAAACAGACCCUCACACAGACACACGGACGCAGACACACGGACACGGACGGACGCAGACCCUCACACAGACACACGGACGCAGACACACGGACACGGACGGACGCAAAUACUCACACAGACACACGGACGCAGACACACGGACACGGACGGACGCAGACCCUCACACAGACACACGGACGCAGACACACGGACACGGACGGACGCAGACCCUCACACAGACACACGGACGCAGACACACGGACACGGACGGACGCAGACCCUCACACAGACACACGGACGCAGACACACGGACACGGACGGACGCAGACCCUCACACAGACACACGGACGCAGACACACGGACACGGACGGACGCAGACCCUCACACAGACACACGGAUGCAGACACACGGACACGGACGGACGCAGACCCUCACACAGACACACGGACGCAGACACACGGACACGGACGGACGCAGACCCUCACACAGACACACGGACGCAGACACACGGACACGGACGGACGCAAAUACUCACACACGCAGACAGACACAUGCACUUAUGAAUGCACGCUUAAACACACUUCAUGAAGGUCAGAACUGGACUCCUGAGUGUGCAAUGCCUUGUGGGAAAAGAACACACUAAAAUAGAGUAGAACAGUCUUGACCAAUAACAUCAGCCCUUGUUUGGUCUUGACCAAUAACAUCAGCCCUCGUUUGGUCUUGACCAAUAACAUCAGCCCUCGUUUGGUCUUGACCAAUAACAUCAGCCCUUGUCUGGUCUUGACCAAUAACAUCCAGGGUUGGGGUCAAAUGCCAUUUCAAUUUCAGUCAAUUCAGGAAGUACACAAACAUUCCAAUUCUAAUUCUCUUCAAUACUUUUAAAUUAGGAACAUUUUUAAUUUGAAUCGGAGUUUGAUUCACUUUUUGAAUCGUCUGGAAUUGAAAUUGACCCUGAUAACAUCAGGCGUGUUGGGGGUUUGAGGCUGGGUUUCUGUAUAAGCACUUUGUGACAUCUGCUCAUGCUUUAUAAAUACAUUUGAUUGAUUGAUUGAUUGAUUGAUUGAUUGUCUGGUCUUGACCAAUAGCAUCAGGCCGUUGUUCCUGAAUAAAAACAUUAUCCUGGUGAGAUGAUUAUUAUUAAUAAUGUGUUUUUCUUCACUGUUCAUUGUAAUUAAACCAUUGUUUUACGA